ACUUAUAGGAUAAAACUCUUAACUCGAACAAACCCAUUGUGCUAUGAAUGGCCUGAUAUGCAUCUUAUUAUUACAGCAUACAUGGCGGGAAAUACAGCGCCAAUAAGUGAAUGUUUACAGAUAACUUGUUAUUUUAAGCACAAGACUAGCGAGGGCCCGUCACGAGGCGCCAGUGCGAUCACACUGAGGAGGGAAGGAAUCUCGUGAGGGUGGAUUUGAAAAGGAAAAUAAAGGAAAGGCGAUUGCGAACUAACUCUCUUGCCUCUGGUACGCACAUGGGUGAAUGAGUACAUGGCAACUGAGAAUGUAUAUAUAAAAUUGUGACGUCACAAGAUACAAGCUACAAGAAAAUGAGCCAGAGUCAGCCCAGCAUAGUCCCCCCUCCAGGACAGACUGUGCAAAUAGUCCCACAACAAUUACCAAGCAACAACUUUUCGAGUGCGAAGGCAAAGCUGGUGUCAAUAGUACUAUCAAUCCUGUUUGGUAUUACUAUCAUAGUAGCCUUUACAUCUUCGGAUAUUUUGGCACACAGCACUCUGGGCCUGUGCGUAAGUGUAGCUGUAAUUGGCAUCAUCCUCUUCGCCAGUUACGCAAUAUGCAAGUAUUCAGAUAGAAAUCCGGGCCGUGUCAUUCAAAGCGGACCAAUACAGACCGUCCCUCAGCAGAAUACUGGUGUACCUCAAUACCCAAGUGCUAUUCCAACCGAGUAUCCUUUGUCUCCGCAGUGCCAAAACAUGGCUCCAGGUUCUCUGUCAGCCACUUAUACAUAUACACCUUUAAAUUCCUCGACAGCCGGAAGCACCAACCCGUACCAUGGAAAGAAAGACUUUUAUCCUCCAGGCUAUCCAGGGCAUACACCAACCACAGGAGCCUCAUCGUCGGCUUCCUAUGCCCCUUACCCACCUACAAGUGCUUCCUUCCCAAGUUCCCCUGAAUAUCAGCCACCGCCUUCGUUUGUACCUGGGUUCAGCCCCACGUCUUCCUAUCAGCCACCUCCCUAUGGACAAGUUCCUGCCACAGGUCCUACAAUAGGGGUGCCAUAUGCUAGUGCCCCCGUAUUCGAUCCUCCACCUCCCUAUGCUCCUCCUCCUUAUGAAAAAUGAAGCCUUCAUGAUUUUUUUUUAUGAAGUAGAGUUUCUUGUUCUCAGCUAAUUCUUUUCUGUUAUACAAUAUUAUAUCUUAAAUGACUUUCAGUAAUUUUGAUAACCAUGCUCAAGUCCAAGUGGGUAAACACGAGAUUAAACGAUAGUGAAUGCCCCUGGGGAGGAUUCUUUUUUUCCCUGUAAUAUUGAGGGUUCAAUUAGGUGAUUUUUCUAUCGUUUCUCUGUAACAGACCCAAAAUUUUGCGAAGAACUUAUACUUUAGUCUCAAUUCUAAACAGUUUUCUUUAACCUUUUGAAUAUAUAAGUCAGCAAAUGUAGCGAAUAAUCAUGGUAGGAGGCAUUCACAUGGUUACAACGUAGAGCAGUCUGAAACGAUAUGAAAAUGAGGCAACAUAUGUGACUGUGACACAUAGCCCAUGGCACAAAACUUAAACAAUAUGGUACUUAACUGAAGGUAUGCGUGUGUGUGUCUGUAUGUUAAUUCAUUUAUAUACUAAUUGAUGGUAUAUUUUCUCAUAGAUCUGGAAUCUAAAUAACUGACAAUUACAGUAACAUAAGUAUCUGUAUUUAUCCCGUAUUUUAUAUAGGAUUUCUGUAGAUAGGUAUGAUCCUAUAGGUAUUAUGAACAUCUACUUUGUCUGAUUAAAUUAUCUAUUUUCGCGUGUUUUUCUAGCAUUAUCUUUCUGCUUCAAAACCAAAUAAAUAUGUAUAUUAUAUAUAUA